CAAUACAUACAAACAGAAAAUGGCUUAGUAUAACUACUUGUACAUUGCAUAUUACAGCAGCAUAGCAAAUAACAAACCAUAUGCCAUUUCGUACAUUAGCAUUAACUGUGAUAAAACUCCGACAUUUUACGCUGAAUGUGUUAAUAAAAACAAACCCAGACAUGAUCAUGGAUAUCAUCGCUGUUUUGUGCAUCCUGGCCUUCAUUUUCGUUUAUAGUGCUUACGGUAGGUCUCAUCUUUUUUUGGCCAAUUCAUGAAAGAGAAUUCUCCUUGAAAUAUUUGAUGCGUAUUGGGUCAAAACUACAGUCAGUCAACUUGGAAUAUGGUACCCUUGUUCAAGAAACAAGACCAUUUUUUUCCCUGCAGGAACACCAGAACCGCUCGCAUUGUGGCCACUAAAUGCUACCUACGGAACAAACGAAAUAACCUCCACCUUCCCUACCGAGACCAACAACGUAACCUUGGCUGAAGGUCCAUGCGGCCUCAACGAAACCGCGUACGACUUCCAAAGUGACAGAAGAUCUUCCUUGGGAGUCCAACACGAAGAGAAAUUAAGCGUGAAUGGAAGCUUCACACUGACCUUGACAAUCUUGCCGACCCCGGGGCCGUCAGAUAUACCAGUUUAUAUGCCCUUGCUGGUCUACUCGACUGGGUCUGUGAAUGGCUUGAGUAUCUAUCUUGAAGGCGACGAACUUUAUGUUAAGAUAAUGUACGUGGAUGGCACUGGGGAAAACACGAGGCGGAGUAGAUGGAGUGCCAUAUCAGAAAACAAAGUAUAUUACCACUUUUUUGGAAACGAUUUUUCUCUCAAUAACGACUCUAUUAACAUUACGUUGUCGUUCCAUGAUAACUGUGCAUAGUGUUGCUCUGUUGUACAACAGAGUGCUACCACAUCAGUACACAAGUAAAUGGACUGAGAGGUCCUCAAACUGAUGGUACAUGGUAGUUAGUGCUCAUGUAUUCAUUUCGUUGUAGACCAUCCCUUAUUAAUAGCCUGUGCAUCAGCAAAUAAGGCCACAAGUAAUUGUUUGGUCAGAAAAACAAACAAAAAUCGUAAUCCGCAAAAUCGUGAAAAUUUUAGUUUUCUUAGAAAUGUUCGCAAAUCCCAAAAGAUAGAGGCGCGGUUUACAGUAUAUGUUUCCAACCUGCACAAUUCAUUCAAAGCUUCCUCCUUUCUUAGGUAAGACUCAACGAAUGGAACUUCAUCGGCAUUGCUUAUAACCACAAAGACCGCAAAAUCGACUUCUUGAUCAAUAAUGCAACCGCCGAGAGUUUUCAGAAACUUGGCUACGUCUCCCCGACCGAGAUGAUCUUCACACCCGAAACACAUCUGCACAUCGGCGCUAAUAUACUCCAUCGGCCAGAGUUUGUUGAUGAGGACUUCUUUGACGGAAGGUUGGCAGAGGUGCGGUUGAUUGGUGAUGUGCUGUCCGUGGAAGAAAUGGAGGAAUUGCGGAUGUCGUGUGAAGCAGUCAGCACGUCCUCCACCACUGCAGUGGCGCCCGAUUCGGAAAAUGGGACGUACAAGCACAGGGCAGAUCUUCAUGUUGGCUACACCCGCUCCCCAACACCAUGCAUAGCCGAGGAAUGGGCCUACAGCAACCUGACUGGCAACUGCUACAUGUUCUUCGCCGAUAAACUCACCCAGGCCGAGGCUAUCGAUGUGUGCAAGUCGAAGAACGGCGAUCUUCUCUCCAUUCAAAACCUUGACGAGCAGAAAUUUCUUGAUACAGUGCUUACUUUUGAUUAUGAAGAUUACUGGACCCUCGGCAGGAAGGAUGCUUCGGGAAACUUCACGUAUGGAGGAACCGAGAUUGCGUGGACUAAUUGGCUUGCCGAUGACCUUCUGACCACUGUCCCAGAUGGCACAGACGUCUGCCUCUGCGUUGUGAAGAACCUCUUUACCAAGGGGUUCUUCCUCAUGAAGGGGAAGUGGGACACCAAACCCUGCUCGGAGAAGAAGGGCUUUGUUUGUCAGACUGUCGCUAGGCGUUGUCCGGCCAUGCCCACCGCCGAGUAUGUGGAACCUCAUCCGCCCAAGCCGUACAUCGAGCUGACGAUUGACUACAAGUGCAAGCCAGGAUACGUGUUGCCAAACUAUACUGCCAGAUACUUGGAUUGGAAACAACACGAGCCAACGGGCAAUGCUACAGCAAAUAUGACAGAGGCCUGGCAGACAUCGAAGCCUAACAUCACCAAGAUGCCGUCCAUGAAGUACGAGUGUCUGUUCUCGGCGAAGUGGAGUGACGGUUCACUCGCUCCAUGCGAACCUUCAAGCUGCAAGGUCCCCCCAGACGUAAAGCACGCUGACCGGAACUCCAGCGAGAGGGUGUUUCCAUCCUGGAUCGAGUACACUUGUCAACACGGAUGGCACUGGAAGUUUGGUAUAAACACCAGCUUUAAGGUGGCCUGGUGUGGCCCCGAUACUGAGUGGAUAGACGUCCCGCCGGACUGCGAGCCGGUCGAAUGCGAACCCUUUCCCCGGGUGGGUAACGCCACCGUCAACUCGGCCAACAAUCGCUUCAAGGAGACUGUCAUUUGGACAUGUAAUCCUGGCUGGAUGUUUCCGGACCGUAAUGUCAGGCAUUGGGUCGGCUGCAGGGAAAACUUCGUCAACUGGCAGAUCGGCAGGUGGAACAUUAGUAAACUCGAUGAUUGUAUCCCCCUUCAUUGUCCCGAGCCACCUCGCCCACCAAACACCACCAUGGACUCUAACGACACGAGCUGGAAAGCAUCCAUUCUCUACAGCUGUGUGAGCGAAGAGUUCGAGUUCCCCAACGGAGACGAGGAGAUGGUCAGCGUGUGUAGCGACGAGGCCCGCUGGAAACCAAAUGUGCCUUUCUGUACAAAGAAGGCCCCGAAACUGACUCUCAAGGGCAAAAAAUACGCACCACCACCGAAGGAAUCGCCAUCAGCCCAAACAGUGGGUACAUUAGCCAUCACCAUUAUGAUCGUCAUGCUGGUGGUAACUGUGCUGAUUGACCUCGGAACAUGCUACCAGGGCCUGAGGUUUCUCAGGUACAAUCUCAGAUCUUUUCAACGCAAUCGGUAAACACGCCAAGGAAGUCACUUGCAUUUGUUAUUAUUUUUUAUUGAAGAUUUUAUUAGCUUGGAUAUGUACAUUGCAUUAGGAGAUUCGUGCAAA